AUGGCGGCCAGCACGGUACGGGUGCAGGACGCCGCUGUGGCGCUCUUCAACAUCUGGCAGUGGGUCUCUUGGUGGUUUGGGAUGAUCUUCAGCGCGCUAUCACGCGCCGGAGUGACGCCGGCUGGCUUUGUGGAGCAGGCGAAGGCGCUGAAGGACUUGCAGGAGGCGCUGGAUGCCAAUGAAGGGGACAAGAAAAAGGCGCUGCGAUGCCUGAAGAAAACCCGCAUGCAGCUGGAUGAGCUGACUGAGGAGCUGUCGCAGACAUCCUAUGCCGGCCUGCACUUCAGCGCCGCAGUGCUGCUGGCGGCGGUGUGGUGGUUCUACCAGCAGGACAUCCCGGGCCUCCAGCGCAAGCUGCUCACAGUCUUCCUGUUCCCACUUUGCUGGGUGUACAUCACCCAUGGCCUCAGCGGCGGCAGGCGGCAAACGUUCUCCCUGUUGCCCAUCUAUUGCUUGAGCUGGUUCCUGGUGGGGUUCAUUGCAGCGCACAUCGGGGUCUGUGUCUCAUGA